GUGAUUACGGUGGCCGAGAAAACCAUACGUAAACAAUCAAGCACAAACUAUUUCAGUAAAUGGAAUCUACGUUUAAUAACAAAGGGCAAUGGAGGAUAUAUGCCGAGUUUGCUUGGGAAACCGCGAUGGCAUGGUCAACAUAUUCGAAGGCACACCAGGACUGGGUCCUUCAAUUCCGGUCAUGAUUGCCCAGUGGUCCGGCUACGAGGUUGUGAAAGGCGACUCCCUACCGGAACUCAUUUGCCCAAGCUGCCUGGAGGAUGCGCACAUUGAAUUCUAUAAGCAGCACACCUCCAAGAUAGGCCACCAAUUCCUGUCCCAAGUUAAAGUGGAAGACACCGAGGAGGACUCGCAGUAUGAGUUUUGGAAGGUUUCAAACUACGCGAGUGGAAAAUCAAAUUCUAGUCAAAAGAUAGAUUGCCCAGAUAAUAUAAAAGAAGAAGAUUCAUAUUUAACUGAUGAAAGGAAUGGACAUCAAUUCCAUCAUCUCCAAAAGAUCAGUGAAACUGGUCAAUCAGAUGACUAUUUUAAAGACGAUGAAAAUAGCGAAAUAUCUGUCGGCGAAAAUUUUCAAUCCGAUUCAAAUAUUAUAGAGAAAAAAGCUACUGCAUCUGAUCUAUCUAACUGCCAUAUUCAAGAGGACAACUUCGGAGAUGAAGUUACAUCAGAAGACGAAAUUGAUAAAGCCGAUGGAGAGCUCAAAUGUGUUGUUAAGACUGAUGUUUCAGAACCUUGUAUACCAAAGACGUUUUUAUUGAGUGACGACAAUCAUGAACGACCCCACAAUUGUUCCCAAUGUGGAAAAUCCUUUGCGCGCUACUGUAGUUAUAGGAACCACCUCAGGACUCACGCCAAAGAAGACAUUGACUCUCCUACAGACCAUAAUCAACAUAUUGACACAUUUCAAAAGACAAAAAAACCUCAAGAUCAGAAUAGAUCACCUUCUAAACGCCGCGUCCGUGUUAAAUCGGCUGGCCGUAAAUAUACGUGCACAUAUUGCCCUAAAUUUUUUUUGGGCCAAAGUGCUCUUGCAAAACAUUUGCGUGUCCACACGGGAGAACGUCCGUACAAAUGUAGUCUUUGUCCGAAGGCAUAUAAGCAAAACAUCGAUCUAAGGCGACACAUUGUUUCUCACACCACGAGAAAACAAUUCAAGUGUAAUCUAUGCGAAAGUACUUUCUUUAGUAACACCACCUAUGAGUUGCACAUGCGGAAACAUGAGGGAGUAGUGCCGUAUAAAUGUGACAUAUGCCAAAGAGUUUUUAAGUUUUAUACUGAUCUAAAGAUACACAUCCAAUCUCACAACGACGAACUACCAUACUCAUGCAAUCGAUGUUCCCAAGCUUAUAAGAAAUCAAACGAUCUUAGAAUACAUUUAUUGACACACGACCAGGAUGCUCAGACUGACAUAAAAGUUCGGAAUUUCAAAGAAGUUAAAUGUACUCAUUGCCACAAGAAGUUUGCGAAUAAACAUAGAUUACAGGUGCAUAACAGGAUACACACUGGAGUCGAGCCGUAUAGAUGUGAUAUCUGCAAAAAGACCUUCAAGUAUGCUACAUCACUGAAAGUGCACACUAUAACUCACACAGGCGAACGACCCUUCGAGUGCGACUACUGCUCAAAGGCUUUUGGUCAACAAAUCGAUUUAUAUCGCCACAUCCGGAUUCACACGAGGGAAAGACCCCACAAGUGUAACCAGUGCGAGAGCGCCUUUAUGAGACACUCUCGCCUCAAAGCACACCUUCUUGUACACUCGGAGGAAAGGCCGCAUAAGUGCACCCAAUGCCAAAAGCGAUUCAAGGUGUCGUCAAGUCUUAGUCGGCACAUGAGGAUUCACACGGGCGAGAAACCCUAUAAGUGUGAUCAUUGUCCGAAGGCUUUCGCAGAUGCCAGAACUCUUAGGAACCACAUCCAGAAUCAUUUGGGAAAAUAACUUUGAAUUACGACCCGUGGUUCUUAUGUUGCACAAGUGAAUGUAAAUAAAAUGUUACACAAGUUAGAUAGCUGGUAACUAAAUAAAUAUAAUAUAUUUACACGUGAUAUUGAGUUUUUUAAUUCAACGAAAUAAUUUAU